UUUGUAAUAAGCUACAAUUAUACAAAAAGAAAUUUGUCCAUAUCAGUCCAAAAUAUAUUUUUAUGAUUCAUUGUUCCUCAGAUUCAUUUCACAAAUAUUCUUUGUGGACUCAAUUUAAUGAAUAUUUGCCUUUGAUUCAUGAAAAAAAAGAAAAAGAAAAAGAAGAACAUGAUGGAAUGUGGACAGUAACCAGAGUCUAAAGUCUGACAGAUAAGUGUAUAUAAAAGUAAUGUGAUCUUUGCUUGAUCACUGCGUAUGACUGGAUGAAGAUGGAAGGGAGACCAGUGGCUGUGCACGCAGUUUGCAUUCUCCUGGCUGUUCUCAGCUCGGGACUCACAGAAAUGUUUGUGAAGGCAGCGGCAGGACAUCAGGGCGUCUUUGCUGGUUUGUUUCAGACAACCACACAGAAUGUUUUAAAAACAUUCCCCAUUGAAGUCUCUCUGGAUGGCUGGGUUGGUUCAACCUGGAUUAUAUUGAAUGUGUGGACAGCUGGGUGGCUUGUGUAUGCCUUCUCUACGGUCAUCCGAAGGAACAUAUUUGGUCCAAUUUGCUGCAACCCUGAAAUCCAUCCUCCAUCUAAUUAUUUGAUUUGGAUUUGUAUCAAUACUUUAAGGAUUUGCUGGCUGUUCCUCUGGGAUAGACAAUACAUUUCAGUAGCCAUUGGUGUGAAAAUGCUUGUCCCAAUCUGCAGCUAUUAUAUGCUGUUUGUUUCUUAUCACAACCUUCAUCGACAUAACACUUGGCUUACAAUCAACUGCCCAAAUGAAAGAUGGUACAUUCGGUUCAUGACUCAAAAUGGACUGGCUCUCUUUGCAUCCUGGACUUUCAUAGAGGCCCUGAUAAAUGUGGGCGUGGCUCUGAAGUACAGGGUGGGCCUCCCGGACCCACUCGUCAGUGCAAUAGUUCUCACAGUGCUGCUUUUGGGGAUCCUUCUUUGGUUUGUUUUUGAAAGCUUCAUCUUUUCGCAAUAUAUCCUCUACACCUUCACGGUUUUCCCUGUGGCAGUUCUUUGUCUGGGUGCGAUGUUCACGAACAGCUAUCGCUUUGAUGACUUAGCACCAAUCACCAUUUAUUGUGGAUUCCUGAUGAUUGUCGCCACAGUUCUGAAUUCCAUCCGUUUAGUUGCGGUCUGCUUCUACAAACAGACAAAACCUGCGAUUCUCUCGCUACCUUCCUUCCUACCUGCAUAUAACGGUGAGCCUGUGUAUAAAGUGAAGGUCCAUGAGAAUAUGAGUGGCAAGUCUGGUGUUGUAAAUAACCAGUUCUCUGAGAACUGACAAAGAUUAAGUAUUUAUAAUACGUAUCAUGGAGGUCCUCGGGAGUGUCUAUGUUCAUCAACAUAUAGCAACUCAUUGUUCAACAUUAGAUUACAUUAUGUCGGCUUGCCAUUGAAGGCUGUGGAUGAAUAUAAUGUUAUUUCUAUGACAAAGGAAAAAAACUUUAACAUUAAAAGUUAUUGUUUAGAUGGUUUAAGGUUUAUUUGACUAAACUUCAUGG